AUCGUCUUCUAGCCGCUUAACGGGAUAGACCGGUGUGAACAUGAUUCUUACCAUUCAUAAAUGUUAUUUUCUUGCAUACUGGACAUUUCGAACUACGUGUCUCGAUAAACCUCUCUCGUCUGAUCAACUUUUCCUACCAUUCGUGGUAUUCGAGAAUAGGUCGGAGCCUACUCGCAGUCAAGUAUGAGCUGAAAGGAAGGGCACUACGCGAGGACGUCAAGUGCGAGUUACACUUGCACUGAAUGCGCGAUGGUACCGUGAGGCUCUCCGCCUAAUCUAUAGUCUUUAUGCAGAGGGAUGCAUCAGUUUAACCCUUUGCUCUGCUCUCCAGAGUUGCAUAUAUUUGUAAAUACAGUAAGAUUUAUUAAAUAAGCUGAGGAAAUGUGUUACGGGGCUGCAGCUUUUUUGGGGAGUUGUGUUGGACAAUAAUUCAAAGGAUAUUUUUUUCAUAAUUUGCUCAAACUUCGAUGGCUUGAGUAUUUGCAUACAUGCAUGCUGACAGGCAAGAAUGUAAGGUAGCCUAUGUCCCGUUUACCGCUCUCACAUCACACGGAGUAACGGAGCAUCGGUUGGAUUCACAGCGCUGGACAUCGACCUAUAGGGCAUUUAUUCGGAUUGGGUUUGAGUGCCCAGAUAAAUAACUUUAGAUAUAUGAAUUAUUGGGAUUGCCUGGUCACCUGCUUUCCUUGCCUGUCAUAUGCCAACGACAACGGAAAUUCAAGAGCAAAAUUAAUAUGGCAUAAACUAUUUCUGGAGACGCCAGUCACAGAUAUCGCCGACGACUUGGAUAGGGUGAAUGAGAAUUUCCCAAGCGGUCCAAUCCUAUGCAUACCGUGCUUGUUUACUCGCUACGCUGUCUAGUGUCUUCGAGAAGAGCUCAGGAGGAAUGCUGGUCCAAGAUCGAAUACCAUUUAUUUUAAGUUUUUGGCCUCUUCUUUUCGGUCAUUGCAUUCUAUCGUUGGUUUUACUCUCAUGCCAGGGUGAACUCCAGAGGGCAUGCUCACAGACUGUAGCUGAGAAAGUGAGCGAACACUGCCAGUUGGCAUGCCAGUGUAGAAGCUACCCUCCCCUUCCUCCCCCGCCUCCGCCCCCACCUCCCCCACGGCUACUGUUGGCCACAGUGGUUGAGUCCCCUCUGCCGCUGUUGAGGCCAUGGUGGAUGGAGAUCCUAGUGCUUGGAACAGUGGGCUGUGCCUCGGCUGUUUUCCUCCUUUCAGCCAUGAUCAUCUGCUACAAGGCCAUAAAGAGGAAACCACAACGGAAAGAGGAGAACGGGAUGAGUCGUGGAGAGUAUGCCAUGAGUGCACGCAACAAGAAAGCCAUGGGCCCCAACAACACUGUGGUGUAGACUGUUCACUGUCAGGAAGAGGAAUUGGCAUAACCAUAACCCCCCACCACCACCACCAUCCAUCCUACCCAAAAUGCAACAAUUCCCUCUUACCUAGAACGCCACAGGGGUUGACCUGUUUAAAACACAUUAACGCCUUUCCUUCUCUCUUAGCAGGUUACCUGGAUGAAAGGAAACUUCCAGAUAAAGGAAAGUAGUGAAAAUAACAUAAAAACAAAACAUUGAAGUGGAUUCAGAGAACUAGUAAUAAAGUGAAUUGAGGACUUCACCAAACUGACUGAACAUCAUGUUGUCAACACGAAGUGUCAUUGACAGGAGGAUGGUUGACUGCUAGGCUACCAAUCUAUACAGCUCCGCAAUUCUUACAGGCAACUAUAAUGUAGGAACAGACGUUGAAGGGCGGCAAUGGGAUAGGAGGUUGCGAGGACCAAAUCAUGAAGAAAUUGUGCAUGCAGGUUUUACUCUUUGUGCUGUCUCUCAUCUAUGCACCUCAGACCCUUUUUCAUAUUUAAAGCAUAAUUUGUACAACACUGUCACAGUUGCAGGUGUGGUUUGGGAUGUAUAGUGAUUAUCUGACUAUGCAAUUAAAAAAAUAUAUACAGGUCAUACCAAGAGUGAAGUAAAAGAAGGGGAUCAAGUCAGUUCCUAUGUUCCAUACCAACAACACAGCUGAGAACUGGAUUUUAGUUAUUUGUUCAUUUAUGUAUUUAUUGUCUGCGUAUGAAUUCCAUUUUAAUGAUUUGAAACGUGUUAUUUUUUAUGAAUUAUUGAAUAAUCAUACCAUUAAUUUGUAAUGCUUUGAUGCUUUAAGCACACCACAGGAGGUUGGUGGCACCUUCAUUGGGGAGGAGGGGCUCAUGGUAACGGCUGGAGCGGAAUCAGUGGAUUGGAAUCAAAUACAUCAAACACAUGAUUUCCAUUUUUUUUAAUGCCAUUCCAUCUUCUCCGUUCCAGCCAUUAUUAUGAGUCAGCCUCCACUGAAGCCCACUGUUCAUUUGCUACUGACACAGUAAACACUUCAGCUUGCUCUGCAAUGAGUUUUGGGUAUCAAUUGUUCAUCUCUUGCUGUUUGACAUGCCUUUUUCUCUUCCCCUGUGACUUCAGCGAAUAUGAUGGGGAUUUCUGUGUUUUGAGUUUGUGAAUGUGUGCUGUCGGACCAUGCUUUUAGCAGCUUGUUCUGUACUACCCUCGAGUCUUAUCACAGGUGAAUGCCCCCGACAAUACUAACGUCAUAUUACAUUUUGUUUCGUCACAUCUCAAUGGUUAGACAACCAGGGGAGGCAGUGGCGGACAGUGAGAAGCCCUUUGCCAUGUUCUGAUGUGAUUUUGCAGUCUUUAAUUGUUCCACCUUUCAGCAAGGGGAGAACCCAUCACUAUAGAAACAGUGCACAUGAGCCCAGGGCUCAAGUGCUGUGUGGUGGAGGACAGGAUUCUAAACAGAGGCUAAUCCGGAUAUUAAGUUGCAGAGAGGAUGGCCUCAAAAGGGACAUGUGACUCACACUCACAGGCAUCCUCAACAUCCUUCUGCUAUAAGCAGUAAACAGUUGAUUUAAAGCAUCAAUCAAUUAUUAAGCUACUUUUUGGCAUAGGUGCAGUUCAUCUGUAUAUAAUGUGUAUUUGAGUGUGAGAGAGAGCACAAUAGAUGGAUGUCUGGCAGUAUCUCUGAAAUGUUCCAUUACUGUUGAAUUUUGUAAACACAGACCUUGCAUUGUGAUUUGCAUACAGGGGUGGACUGGGACCAAAAAUUGGCCCUGUCAUUUCUAACACACCAGCCCAUUUCUUUCCUCGGGGCCCCCACAUUUGCCCAUUGUCUUCCCUGAGGACCCCAUUAUUAGACCAAAAAAAUCCAAUUUUGUGCAAUAAUCACGUGUCAAAAAAUGGAGCAGCCCAUCUGGCAUUUGCCUGAAAUGCCAGAUGGUCGGUCAGUCCACCCCUGAAUGCAUAGGUAUUACCAUAUACCCUAUAAUGUACCCAGAUACUGAAGAUGCGUCACUAAUACUGUACAUUGAGGGAAAUGAUCAUGGAUGCAUGAAUGUAAAUAUUGAUAUUUAAAAAUAUCUGCCUUCUGGACUGUAAUUACAUGUACAGUGUAACAGAAAAUAUGUUUAUACAUAGUAGAAAUUAAACAAUGUGCUACCAAUUAGAA